CAUGGCUUCAAGACUCUACCACUACUCCAACUAUCUCUUCUCCGACUACCCAAAUGGCCUCUCACCCACCACUUUCCAUACACCAGUCGCCGGAAAUGUCGCCGGAGCAGACGACACUUUCCCGUUAAUGUUCGAUGAAAAAGCACCAAUAUUCGAUAUGACACUGCCACGGGCAGUGAUGGCUCCCUUAGUGAUAAAUUCAACCAAUGGUUCUUUUCCGGAGUGGACCGUACCAACCUUGCCGGAAUUGGGUAGAGGUUUCCCGUUGCCAUCGACGCCGGCGCCGGCACCGGCCGAUAUGUACUGUGAAUGUAGUGAUCAUUGUGAUGGGUUUCACUGCAAUAUUAGGAAUAAUCUUUUGUGUCAGCUCCCUGAUAUCAUGAUUACAAAUGAUUAUAUUAAUAACCAUGUACUUGAAGGGAAGGUAAACCAUGAGGAGACAUUACCGGAGAUGAAGAUAGGGAAAUACUCGGCUGAGGAAAGAAAGGAGAGAAUUCAUAGGUACUUGAAGAAGCGAAACCAAAGGAACUUUACCAAAACCAUUAAGUACGAGUGUCGCAAGACACUGGCGGAUAAACGAGUGAGGAUAAGAGGAAGGUUUGCGAAGAACAACAUUCAUGAGCCGUCGACAUCCGAUGAAGAGCUUAUGAUGGCUGAGGAUAAGAAACACUACGAGAGUGAGUUCGUUAGGAUUGAAGACAACAAUAUGAUGAUGAUGAAGCAAUUGCAAGAUUAUGGAGGGGAUAAUAUUGAUGAUAAUAUUAAUGAGUUUUGGUAUCAAGAAGCCCUGACCAGUUUGAUGUACCAGCAACAACUCCACCCUUUUCUUUCUCAUUAGCGAACUUAUUUUCCAAUUUAAUUAAUACUAAUUGUUAUAUAUAUACUAAUACCAUGAUUAAUGUUGUGUUAUUCUAUGUAUGGUUUGGCAUUUUUGUACAAGAAAUA